UACAGUUAAAAUGUGUACUUGUUAAUAAAUGUUUAUUUACAAGUAAGAUAAAAAUCACACGAACACAUAUGCGAAUAUAUUUUUACAGCACAUAAACAUCGACAUAAAUGUAUUAAUAACUAUAAUAUAACCUUUAAGAAAACACUGAAUGCCGAUUUACAUGUGGCUCCUAUAGGAGCCCGGUCCUCUAAAGCUUAAACGAAUUAAGUUGACACAUCUUACCCUUUUUUUUAAAUUGGUACAAGUAUGCAAAUUAGCGUUGACGGGGAAAGAAAUGGAAAAAGUUCCCAGCGCAGAGUUUUGUGCGAUAUAAAAGCAACGUAUCUAUAGAUAUAAUUUUGGUGAGAAAAAAAAAAGACUAUCCGUUCACCCCACAACGUCUCCUGUCAAUUUUUCCGAAUCGGCGGAUCAUCGGUCAAGCGGGUCAAGAGACGAGUUCCUCGGCGACAGAUAUGACACGCCGGAAAAUUGCGCAUAUAUUCCGGAAAACGACGUCCUAAUCAACGAAGGCACGAGGAUGACCGAUGGAUGGCGAUGGUCGAUGGACAACCUGAGAGACGCGUAUUAUCUCGUGCAUCUGAUCACCCGGCAAAUUUUGAUAUUCUUGCGAGACUUCAUUUUCUACGAAUUCGCGUGGUUCGCGCCAGCAGAGGAGAACCUCGACAAAGUGAACCCGAAGAUACGAGGCGUCGCGGCGCAGCAUGACGGCUCCGUCGCUGACCUCGUCGUCAUGCUCGUCGUUUGCGGCCUCCUCUUCAUCUUCAUGAUUCUCUCGGCAAAUUCCCUCAAGGACGAGGCGUCCACUUACGAAAUCACCCCACGAAUCGAGACAAUCCCGAUGGCUUUCGAGGACGAGGCGGCAUCCUUUUGGUCCUCGAGACCCACAAACUCGCAGUUGCUGAGGUGUCACCAUAAUCCCUGCGACAAUCCCGUUGACUCGCGGGACAUCAUCGCUGGGAAGUCACGAAAGAUUUCGCGGUCGAUCGUGCUGAAGAGCCGCAUGUCUGCAGCGCAAUUGAGAUCUUCGGAUCACGCGCGCUCCAAUCACUCUCAGCAUCCUCAUACGUUCGUCAAGACGCAAAUGAGUCGUCCCAUCGCUCAACCGAUGUCUCGAGAGUGGCUGGUGAGGCAGACCAGGAGCGGCCACGUCUACGGAAAGUAUCCUGUUGUGUAGAGGAGGUGUCAAAGAGACGAGAGGUCCUUCUUCUCCCCCUUCUCCUCCUCCUCCUGCUCAUCGUCGGGAAAGAAUGUCACGAUCGAUCCAGAUUUUCAACUACACAUGUGUAUAUACAUAAUGAUUUUCUUUGUUGUCGUUUGUAUUGUCUUUUUAUCGGCGCGAUCUUCCACGACCGCGCUUCUUCUGAAGUGCUUUUUAUUUUGACCUGAUAUCUUUCCUCGUGUGUGUAGACCGCGCGAUACCGAA